AUGAUCGAAGAAAAUAGUAAAACAGACAUUGAAAAUCCUGAUCUUAUUUGUCCAAUUACCUUUGAAAUUUUUCACGAUCCGGUCAUUGCAAAAGAUGGGCAUGUUUAUGAAAGAGAAGCUAUUACACGAUGGAUUUUACAACAUGGGACAAGUCCACUCACUCGACAGCCUUUACAAAUCAAUGAUUUACAACCCGAUGAUCGUUUGAGACAUCUUGCUCAUCAAGGACGAAAUUCAACUGUUUCCUAUAAUGCACAUAAUGCUUCUAUUAUAUUGCCACCUCUACGAAGAUUAUCGAUAAAUAUCAAUGCACGAGUAGCUCCAGAACAAACCUCGAAUUUAACUAGAAUAACUCGACAAGUAAAUCAAUGUCCCAUUAAGAAAAUUCUUAUAAUUAUCUGUUUAAUUAUUAUUCCUCUCUUUAUUAUUUUUGGAAUUUCUCUUGGCAUAACAAACUUUGUAUCUAGAGGUAUUUACAAAUGACGAAAACAUUAACUAAUAUACCAUAUUUUAUUAUAGAUAUCACCUUCGAAUUUUGCAUCUCAAAACAAAAACUUUGAAUAGGAUUAUUUUAUUUUCUAAAAUUCUCAGCUGAUAAAUAGUUACAUAAAACAAAGUUUAGAACUAGGGAUAGAUAUAUUCUUCCAUAAACCAUUGAUAAACAUAAAUGAGUUGCUAAAAUGAAUAUCUUCAACGGUUGUAGGAAGAGUAAAGAUCGAAAAAUCGUUUGGAAUAAUUACACAACGAGAAAAAGAAAUGUAUGUCCUUCAGAAAUAUAUUGUUUUCAGUCUAUUAAGCUUAGAAUUAGUUUUUGAGAUUGUAUCAAAUAAAAAACAUGACGAAAGUUAAUUUUGCAUGAAGUAUUUACAUAAUAAUUUUAUCCAAAAAUUUUUCUUUGUAUGAGAAUUCGAUCUCAUUGAAAAGAAAAUGAAAUAAAAAGCUAUUCUUCUCUAAUCUUUCUGGUAUUUGUAGAACGUCAAAUGAAAAAAUCAAUUUGUAGAAGUUUAUUAACAAGAAAUAGUACAAUAUAUAAACGACCGGGAGCCAACGACACUCAAUAUUACUACAAAGCAAUUCAAAUAAUGGUUUCCACCAGAGGUUUUUACAGUUUUCAGAGUAGUAGUAAUAACGACAUGUAUGGCUAUUUAUAUGAGAAAUAUUUUAAUGAUACAAGUCCAUCCACCAAUUUACUGAUACAUGAUGAUGACAAUGGAUUUAAUAGACAGUUUUAUUUUCGAAUUUCGCUUCCAUCUGAUAAUUAUGUUUUAGUAGUAACUACUUAUUCUUCAAAUAUUACAGGACUCUUCUCUAUAGUCGUAACUGGGCCAGCAACUGUUACUUUUUCUUAAACAAGACUUUUUAUGAACAAUAUAUUUUGUUUUAGAAAUAAAUCAUCUUUUUAGUUUUUUACUAAUCAGAAAAUAUUUCUAUUAGAUAUUUUCUCCAUGAUCGAUAUAAAUCAAUCCGAGACGAACUUUAAAAUAAAAUCACAAUGCAUACCAAUCUCAAUUUGGAAAGUAGAAAUGAAUUGUAGAGAACUUUCUCAUGUUGAAAUAUUUUUAAGUCCCUUGUGAAUAUUCAAACAUGUUCAAAUCUGUGCAUUUAUCCUCAUGUACAUUAUGGAUAGGAAAACUAGCAAUGAUGCACUCAAUUACCAACUUACUGCAAGUCACUUCGGUCAUUCUCUUGUUAUAUGAUGUCAUUCAUGCGAAAGAUAAGGAGCUAUCCAUAGGGUGGGUGUGGGUGUAGGCUUCUGCAAUAUCGACGCCAACACCCACACCCACCCUGGUUACUACGUUUUAAUAAAAGCACAUGCUGCUAAGUACAACGAGUUGCACUAACUUUUCACUAGAUUUCGAGUUUUUAGGGAAAUUAAUCCGUGGAAUUUGAGUCCAAAUCGAAUGUCCUAUAUGAUUUGCGCUCUUGGCCGAAAAGUCACAGGAAUUUCAGUCCAGACCGAAAUUCAUGUGAUUCCUUUUAACAGGAAAGAAUUCGAACAUAAACUAGUUAAGAAAAUUCUUUAAAUAGUUGUUGUCAUUCAUGGUAUAGAAUAGAUCUACAGAAAAAUCCUGAAAGACGUUAUAUACGUAAUCAUUGUAAUGCAAGCAGAACAGAUAGCAAACAUCUGACUUCUAUCUUUUUGAAAGUCAUUCUUCUCUGACGUCAGUAACUGGAAGCGACGUGAUAAAAUUUAUUUUGAAGAUCGGAUUACUGUAAAACUCGCUGUUGACAAUGUAUGAUAUAGAAUUAAAAGCGAUGGUUUUUAUUGAUUUAACUUGUGUGCUAUAUUGAUAGUAUAUGAAAAAGCAGAAUGGUAUAUAAAGACGCAACCCACAUCGUUGAAAAUAUUCAUUUGCUUAACAAUUGAAUAGAUUCCAAAGUUACAUGAUAAUGUCUACUUAUUGGUUAGCCAUUACACUCUUGACCAUUAGCAGCACCUCAAGUAAGACGAAUUUCUUUUAAUACGUGAUUUUCAAACGGAGCAUUAUUACUUAUUUCGCAUAAUAGUUCAAUUUAUUAAAAUUAGGAAGUUUCUUGUGCAUUCGACUACGAUCGAACUGCGGCGCAGUUACUAAAAGAAUACCAUCGGUUAGGAAUCCAAAUCCGAAGUUAGAGUUUUUAUUUUCAUAUUUUUAUUAUAAAUUAUUAGUAAUUGAUAAUAAAAAAAUGAAAGACUGGUUAAAAAAUUAAAAAAUUAAAAUAUGCAAUUACAAUAAAAAAAUUACUAUUAAAAAAUUUUAAAAAAGCUAAAAUGAAAAAAAUUUAGAAAACAACCUAAAAUAAGAACAUUAAA